GGCUUGAUGUGAAGUUUCGCAGUAAACGAUAAUAAUCUAUAAUUUAAUCCAGUUUUUUAAUAAUCUAAAAAUAAAAAAAUUAAAUCAAUAUUUUCUUCUGUUGCUGGGAGGGAGGGAGCGAGCAAGAGCGAUAUAAGCAUUGCGAGGAAAGGCGAAGCAGUGAUCCCUUGCCUCUUUGCGGUUCGAUUUCAGAUUGAAGAAAAAGAAGAAAAGGGAAGAAGAUGGGAGAGAGGAAGGUAUUGAACAAGUACUACCCUCCGGAUUUUGAUCCGUCAAAGCUACCAAGAAUAAGAAGACCAAAGAACCAACAAAUCAAGGUGCGAAUGAUGCUUCCCAUGAGUAUUCGCUGCAACACUUGUGGUAACUACAUCUAUAAAGGCACUAAGUUCAAUUCUCGCAAAGAAGACGUUAUUGGCGAGACAUAUUUGGGAAUCCAAAUAUUCAGGUUCUACUUCAAAUGCACCCGAUGCUCUGCUGAGCUUACAAUGAAGACAGACCCACAGAAUUCGGACUAUGUUGUUGAGUCUGGUGCAACACGAAAUUUUGAACCAUGGCGAGCAGAGGAUGAGGAAGCAGAGAGUCAGAAACAGAAAAGGGAUGCUGAAGAAAUGGGUGAUGUCAUGAAAUCUUUGGAGAACAGAACGUUGGAUUCAAAAAGAGAGAUGGACAUCCUUGCUGCAUUGGAUGAAAUGAAGUCCAUGAGGUCAAGACAUGCAACUGUGACUGUUGAUGAAAUGCUGGAGGCCUUGCAGAACACAGCUGAGCAAAAGGAGAAGAAGUUGGAAGAAGAGGAUGAGGCACUCAUUAAAUCAAUAGUAUUUCAUGGGUCUGAAAAUUUUGUUCGAAGGAUCCAUGAUGAAGAUUUUGAUGAUGAUGAUAAUGAUGAUGUAAAUCCAACUAGCAAUGGUGAAACAUCUAGUGAUAAUUUUAAGAGGAGGAAGGUUGCCGAAGAACUUCCUAGUAAGCCAACAGAUUCCUUGACAAAAGCCAGUUCUUUUGACAGGCCAAACAAAAAAGAAAAUUCAGGCAGUUCAGGUCAAAAUGAUGCUAAAUUCAUUUUCAAGUCAUCAUCAGUGAAAGUCUCUGUUGUUAAGAGACCAGUUGUGGCUUCCAAGGGUGACAAUCUGGCAAAACUAGAAGAAAGAAAACAAGAGGAAGAGAAAGAGCCUAAAAAUGAUGGUACAAGCACUGGACUGCAAUCAUUAUGCCAAUAUUAUGAAAGUGAUGAAGACAAUUAGUGACUGCCAGUAAGCUGGGCUAGCUCAUCAGCUUUUCAGUGGAGGAUGAAGCUUGCAGUCUUCUGCAAUGAAUUUGCUUGAUUGGAUGGUUUUGUAUAACAACAUUAUAUAGUGCUUCUCUGUCUAACCUGAUCCUUUGGGGACACUCCCACAGGGUUGGAUUCAUAUUAGCUUCUUGGCCAAUUUAUCUUUGUAGUGAGUUCUGAACAUUCUAAUCCUGCAACGGUUCCUCUUCGCAUCUUCAAAACUAUCUUGGAGAUCAUUAUGCCAUUGAUCCCAUGACACAACCUUUCUCCCAUACUCCCAAGUUUCUGCUUCCUCUCUGCUGCUUUUCCCCUUUCAGUCGUCUGCAUUUGCUUUAUUUCUGGUUCUAGCAGUUGACUAGGUUCUUUUGGCUCCAUCUUUAGCCCUUGUCUCUUAGCCCUAGGAGGUCCACUUUUGCUAGUAGGUUUUCCCAGAAAACACAUUUACUCUGGUGUGGAUUGUCGCUGCAUGGCAGGCAGUUCAGUUUACUUAGCUCUUAUUGUUUCUGUUUACUCUGGUCUCUUAUCAUCUUGUUCACUCAGUUUACACUUCAAAUCCAUUUACGGUGGUCUCUUAUCAUCUUGUCAUUCUGUUGGCUGUACUCAACCUGUGCGUAAUAGCUCACUGAUCGAGCUCUUGAUUCGAAGAUGAACAGGGCUAAGCAAUUUACCAAAGUAGUGGGAUGUAAAAAGGUCUUAGUAAAAUCAUUCUUCUAAGGCUUUGUCUAGUAUAUUAAAUCUAAAAUUUUUAUGAAAAUUUGAAGUCUUAUUUAAGAUCAAAA